AUGGCCUUUAUGCUCGUGAUUAGUGUAGUUCAAGGUGAUGAAAAUCGAUUGCAACCUGGAUUUGUCUGUGGUAGCGAAACAAGUAAGGUUUAUUCAACGCCUUUUCAAGCUAUUAACAGCAUAUAUCACAUAAUUUUUGGAAAAAAGACAAAGACAGCUUAUUCAGGGCUCUCGAUUCUUGGAUUUAAUGACAAAAAAAUAAUCGAUAAAUUGCUAACUGCUAUAGCAUUUAUGCCUAUCUUUUUAAAUAUUGGAAAUUAUGUUGUAGUG